AUGGACUCCUUAUUUCUCAUCGCCCUCUCCUUUUCUAUGUCACUCUCACUCGAGAUCAAAUCCUCCACCACCCUCGAUUCCAUCAUCCGACACUACACAUUGCAACCAUACACCAACAACUCCUUCAAGACCGGCAAGCUCUACACCAUCAACCUACCGGCAAGCCUCUCCGGUUCCGUACACGCCGACGCGAUAAGGCUCCGGUGCGGCAGCCUCCAAAGAUACGGCGCAAGCAUCAAAGAGUUCCAUCUCAACAAAGGCAUAAACAUCCGCCCUUGCCUCGAGCGAGUCAUCCUCACCCGCCAACGCAUCGAAUCAAACUUCUCUUCUCUCUACUACGACAACAACGCCCUCUCCGGCUACGAGCUCAUCUCCCCCAUCUUAACGCUAGCCGCCUACUCUCUCCACGGAAGCAACACCACCACCAUCGGUCCCAUCACGAUAGAUUUCAGCAACGCAACGUUUACUGAAAACAAGUCGAAAAGCAAUAUUUUGUUAUGUGCGAGGUUUGGGGUGGAUAAGAAGGAUCAGGUUGUGGUGACGAAGCAAGUGGGGGAUAACGUGUGUGGGGCGGGGAGGGGUGGUGAGGGAGCGGGAGAUGGUGACGCUGAAGGGGAAGGUGAGUAA